UAACAAACAAGGAUAGUUACUUGGGAAUAAAUUCUGCAUUUUAUUAAGCAUUUGGCUUAAGUUGGAGACGUAACUGCUCGGCUCUCAGAAUGGCUGCAUCAGGAUUCUACAUUUUGCUCUUAUUUGCAAUGUCCUGUUGUGCAGCUCCAAAUCCAGAGAAAGAUCACUGUGAAAAACCUGAUCAAAUAAAAGGAGCUCAGUUACAAGGCGAAUGGCACGAUGAAACUUACCCACCUGGUAAAGUAGCUAAUUUUGUCUGCCUCCCGGAAUACACCCAGGAUGGACCCAUUAAAAUGGCAUGUAUUGAAGGAACUUGGUGGCAAAUUGCUAAAGGCCAAUGCAAAGGUAAAAAAUGUGACAGACCUGACAUAAAACAUGGAAUUAUUUACAAUGAUUACUAUUAUCCGAGAGAAGUUGGAAGAUAUUUAGAAUAUUAUUGUGAGAGCAGUUAUCAGCCAAGGAGGUGGACAAGAAUCUACUGUACUAAUGCUGGAUGGGAACCUGAACCCAAAUGCUCACGAGAAUGUACAUACAGAGAUGCUUCUUUUGAAAAUGCCCAACUUAUAGAUCUGAAGUCAGUUUACGUGGAAGGAGAUAAAGUGCAGUUCAGGUGUACAAAUAAUUAUCAAACACCAGAUGGAAAAGACUAUGGAGAAAGAACAUGUCUUCCUAAUGGAAAAUUUACUCCAGCCAAAUGUUCGGUAACAUGCAUGGCUCCCCAACUUCAAAAUGGAAAAUUCAACCAAAUUAAAAAUCAAUACGAGAUUGGAGAAUUUCUGCAGUAUGAAUGCAAUAAAGGUUAUAUGACAAAAAGCAGACAUCUUUCUGGAAAAUCUCAGUGUCUUGAGGGAAGAUGGAACGAAGCUCCUCAAUGUAUACCUAUUACUUGUCAAUAUAAUCGCCGAUCAUUUAACGAUGGGGAUACUAUUGAAUAUAGAUGUCCCUCUGGGCAAAAGCCAAGAAGUGACAUUGGCCAGUGUUAUUAUUAUGGCUGGGGUCCACCGCUGGUUUGUGAAGAUAUUGAGUGCACCAUUCCAGAGUCUUCAAAUCUCGUACCAAGCCCUUUUGCUCAUAGUUAUAAAAUUAAUAUGAAGGUAUCAUUUUCAUGCAAGGGACGCUUCAUUAGAUCUGGAUCUUUGGAAAGCGUUUGCACAGAAGGAGGCUGGAAUCCACUUUUACCCACCUGUAAAGAUAUUGAGUGCACCAUUCCAGAGUCUUCAAAUCUCGUACCAAGCCCUUUUGCUCAUAGUUAUAAAAUUAAUAUGAAGGUAUCAUUUUCAUGCAAGGAAAGCUUCGUUAGAUCUGGAUCCUUGGAAAGCGUUUGCACAGAAGGAGGAUGGAAUCCACUUUUACCCACCUGUAAAGAAAAAAGACAAAAAUGUCCUAUUGCGUACAGUCCACAAAAUGCUGAAAUUAUAGAUCCAAAGGAAGUAUAUUACAGUAAUGACAUUGUUACCAUGAUAUGUGCCAGAGGAUAUAAGAUGCAUGGCUCUCCAAAGGUUCAGUGCGUUGAAGGAAAAUGGGAACAACCUCCAGAGUGCACCCGGGCUAUACAAUGCCAGAAUCCACCGAAAAUAGAAAAUGGUAUCAUUGAAUCCGCUAAUCAAGAAAUAUAUGCAACUGAUGAUGUUGUGAAAUACAGCUGUAGAUCAGGAUUUCACAUCAGUGGGUCAGAUCAAAGCACUUGCGUGAAUGGACACUGGUCAGCAUUACCAACAUGCACAGAAGAUGCAUGUGUUGAGGCUCCAAAUAUUCAACAUGGAACGGCAAUAGAAAAUAAGAAAACUUUCAGCCAUGGUGAAAGAGCUAAAUAUGAGUGUGACAACGGUUUCCGGUUUAAAGAUGAAGAUGUAGCAAGUUGUGUAGAAGGACAGUGGAUGAACAUUCCAGUGUGUAUUUCAACAUCUUGUAAAUCGCCACCUAAAGUUCUGAAUUCCAAACCUAAAGGAGGAACUAAAUCUAGUUAUGCAUCUGGUGAAAAAAUUACUUAUGAGUGUAAUUCUGGUUAUUCCCUGGAAAGAUCAGGAGAAGCACAAUGUGACAACACAAUUUGGAUUAAUAUACCAGUGUGCAGAAGAACUGGAGCGCAGUGUGGUCCACCACCAACUGUGCAGUAUGGAGACACUGUGGAGAUUAGAAAAGCUAUCUAUAGAUCUGGUGAAAAGGUGGAAUUUAGAUGCCCAGAAUAUUAUAUUCUUGACGGAAAUAGGUUUGUCACAUGCUUGAAUGGUGUCUGGAAUGAAGCACCAGUUUGUAUAGAGCCGUGUACUGCAAAGGAAAGGGACAUGGAAAGUAAUAAUAUACAACUAAAGUGGAGACCUGAUAGAAAGUUUUACAGUAGACAUGGUGAGACUAUAGAGUUUAUUUGUAAACCUGGAUAUGAAGCUCUUCCUGACACACAGAUGAGAAUUACUUGUAAUGAAGGAAAUCUGGAAUAUCCAAAAUGCUUCAAGAGAGGUUUUUGUGUAUUACAACAAUCGACUAUGACUGCCAAUAAUAUUCAUUACAAUCUGAGCACUGUAGUGGACCAUGGUCAAAAAAUCCUAUUUCAGUGUAAUGACGGAAUGAUGGCAGAAAAUAAUCUUGAAGCCAAAUGUGAACAGAAAAAGAUAAACUAUCCGAGAUGUACUGCUGCAAAAGAAUCUUCAGUGUGAUUACAGCAAAUGCACACAGGAUGUAACAUUGCCGUCUGCAAAAAAACUGGAAGAAGACUCCUGAAAUGACUUCUAUUAAAAAAAAUUCUCAAUGUAUUCAUUGUAAUGUGGUAAAAGUCACUUGCUUUAGUAAAAUCUGUGUGUCACCAGGCAAAAAAUAAAACUAUAAAAAUCUG